AUGAAAGUCAUAUCUUAUGAUUACAACCCAACUCCAAAAUUUCUUUCAGGCAGUGUCGAGAGUAUGAAAGAAAUGACUGACAUAUCCUUAGAAAAAGAAAAACGUCGUAUUGAAGCCCUUAAGCUUUUAAAAGAAUCUGCAGGGAUUUUGGGAAUUAUCACGGGAGUAAAUUUCAUUGGUAAGGAAAAGGAAAAUAUUACUAAUUCAUUCACGGUGCUCGGUUCACUACUUGGUAUUGUUGAUACAAAAUUAUCGUUCUACGAACGAUACACAAAUAGAAAAAUUGAAAAAAGUAUCCUCGAAUUUGCUGUUAAUGAUAUAAAUGCCGAGAUUAGAGCUAUUUCUAGUGGGGUUGAUCGAAUUAAAAACUAUAAUAAUGAUAACGAUCGGAAACUUGAAGUAACAGUUUUAAUUCAUUCCUGCGAAAAGGUUUUAAAUAAAUUUGAAAAUCCACAACAUAUUUUUUAUAAACACCCGCUUAUCACUACCCCAUGCUUAAUCGGUUUUUGUCAAUUAUACCUUACAAUAAUUGAGGUUGGCGUCAUUGUCAUGUCAGCAUCUAAUAAUUAUAAUUAUGAAAGACAAAAAAUCAAAAAAGUAAUUGAAGAAUACAAAGUGAAUUCUAUAAAUGACCGAACCGAAAUGAUUAAAAUUAAGAAAUCAUCGAAAUGCAUUGGUUAUGAUAGUCAUAUGAUUAAAGAAGGUGUGAUGACCUAUAUGGCAUCCCUAAAUUUUUCCGAAACGUACAAGCAGAUAACAGAGAAUGAUUUCAUUCGUAAUGUGGAUGACAGAGCAUCUUCUAAACGUCUUAAAGUGCAAAAUAAAAAUCAAUAUGGAAAGCAUGGUUCCAUUGCAAUAUGUUUUUUCAGGGGGGUUAUCGUUGAUGAUAAUUCAUUACAAAAUCAACCUGGAUUAGCAGACAGAGGAUCAGACAAUAAUGAGAAUGAGGAUUUAGAUUAUACAACCGAAUUUGAUGUCAAGGACGCAAAUAUUCAACCUGCAACUGUAGCAAAAAUUGUUAACUUAAAACCUAUAGCUGAGUUACAUCUUCAUUAUCGUUCAGAGGAUUGGCUGACUAAUAGAGGAUUUUCGUUACCAAUUUUAAGUGAUGUCAAUGGAGAAAAGGAAGAGGAUGUGAAUUUAAUUACUGAUGAAGAAAAUAAAGUUAAUGAACUUCCAAAGUUAUCUCAAGUGCUCACGAAAAUUGAAAACAACAAUGUGAAACAAAUCGACGAACCUCUGGAAAUUGAAGCAAAUGGGAACGAUGUUAAUCCAAAAGUCAACAAAAAUGCAAAGAAUUCUCAAGAGCUCAUGGAAAUUGAUAAAUUAAUCGCUAAAGAAACAAGGAGACUUAAUGACAUUUCCCAGGAAAUUAUGGAAUUUGAAAGGAAGAAAAAGGAGGAUCAGAUUAUAUUGAAAAGAGCUCGUGAUGAAAUUGAUGAGAUUGAUAAGAUUUAA